UCCAAUCCAUAGCUGCUUCCGCCACUCCUCAAGCGCAUCCCUGCUUGCCGCCGUUAGCCAUAUCCUCACCGGAGAUCGUCGCAGCCCAUAGCAACACCGGAGCUGUUGAUUUUCCUUCGCCCCCACAGCUAAGCUAAACUGCGUUUUCAGAUGGAUAUCGAUGGAGAUGUUGAAGAUGUUUCAAGAAGAGUACAGGUGCGAUUCGUUACGAAGCUUAAACCGCCAUUCAAAGCUCCGACGACAACCAUUGCCCUCCCUUCUACCCUCACAAGGAAGGGUCUUUCGUCCGUGGUUAAUAGCCUUCUUCAAUCAGGAAACGAUGAUUGGAAACAUGAACCAUUUGAUUUCUUGAUUGAUGGUGAGCUAGUGAGGAUGUCACUUGAAGACUUUCUUCUCGCCAAAGGAAUCUCAGCGGAAAAAACCCUAGAAAUUGAAUACAUAAAAGCUGUAGCUCCACGCAAGGAAGAAGAUCCUUCAUUACAUGAUGAUUGGGUCAAUGCAGUUGAUGGAUCAAAUCAGUUCAUUUUGACAGGUUGCUACGAUGGAUUAGGAAGGAUAUGGAAAGGUCCAGGAAAUUGUACACAUAUUUUAGAAGGUCAUAAUGGUGUAAUAACAUCAGUUGGUGUUGUGAAUUCAAAAGAUAAUGAAAACGACACCAAUAAGGUUGUUGCAACUGGAUCAAAAGACAGAACUGUGAAACUCUGGAAGUUUGAUCCAGAGCCUCUAUCAGAAAACCUAAAGAUUAGUUCUUUCAGAACUCUUGUUGGGCAUACUGCUUCAGUUCAAAGCCUUGCAUCACAACCUAAUGGCAAUUUGAUAUGUUCAGGUUCUUGGGAUUGCAGAAUCAAUGUGUGGCAAACAGAGUCUAAUGAAGCAGAUAUUGUUUCAGUAAAGAAAAGGAAAAAAGGGAAUAAGCAAGAAGAAUCUCAAUCAGAGGGGGAGGCUGUAGCUACACUUGUGGGCCAUACUCAAUGUGUAUCUUCGGUUGUUUGGCCUGGAUAUGGAAUGUGA